UCCUCGCUCGCUCACCUGUCCGCCGCUUGGAGAUUUUCUUUGCAAGCACAGGCCAUGGAUGUAGACUCAGGCUUCACGACGGCCAACCCGCUCGACUCAAGCUCCGUGUGGGGCCCCACCGACGACUACGAGGAUGACAGCGGCGCGCUGUGCUCGGAUGGCGCCCAGCGGCUGGGCCAGACCCUGCUGCCCGUGCUCUACUCGAUCGUGUUCAUCCUGGGCCUUGUGGGCAAUGGGUUGGCGUUUCUGGUACUGGUUCGACGGCAGCGUCGCGGCUAUGGCAGCGGCACAUGGGACACGACGCAAGUCUUCCUGCUCAACCUGGCUGCCGCUGACCUCUUGCUGGUCGCCACGCUGCCGCUCUGGGCGCGCCACGCUGCCCGCGAGUGGCCGUUUGGUGAGUGGGCAUGCAAGUUGGCCACGGCACUCUACAGCGUCUCCUUCUACUGCGGUGUCUUCGUGCUCACGUGCCUCAGUGUAGACCGCUACCUUGUUGUGGUGCGCGCCACGCGCUGUCGUGGGGUGCGGUGGCGGCGCCGGCGCGCGUGGGUCGCCUGCGCCGGUGCGUGGUCCGCGGCGACGCUGCUCAGCCUCCUGGAUGUGCUCUCCAGCCGUGCGCAGCUUCAAGCGGACACCCCCGACUCCGCACCGCGCACAGUUUGUCAGAGCCUCCACGCGGGCCCCGGCGGGCAUGUGCGGAAGGCGGCGCUCGCCGUCUUUCAAACGGCGGCGUGUUUCCUCCUGCCGUUCGCCAUCAUGCUCGCCUGCUACGUCCGCAUUGCCGUCACUCUGGCACACACCAAGAGCCGCGGCUCAAGGCGCAAGGCAGUGCGUGUCAUCGUGGCCCUGGUGCUGCUUUUCUUCCUGUGUUGGCUGCCCUACAACGCGGUGCUGUUGGUGGUCGCGCUCGCUGACCUGCGUGGAACGUGGCUCGGCUGCCGCACGCACGAGGCGCUGCACUACGCCAGGCAGACAACGGAGACGCUUGCCUUCACGCACUGCUGCCUCAACCCGCUGCUCUACGCCUUUGUGGGUGUCCGUUUUCGCGAAGAUUUGUAUCGCAUGCUGGGGGACGUGCGAUCGACGCUCUGCUCGUUGCUGACUGGCAGUGGGACAGCCCGCCAGGCUGCUGGGGAGGCCAGCACAGGAACCCAAUCGAUGCCAACACACUCUGGGGAAGCUCGCUCACAAGAACAUCCACAGCUGGAAAAUGAUGGUGUUCCCAUAGACACAUUACAAGACCUACCUUAUUGCCUUGCACACAGCCCUGGGUUGCACGCAGAAAGUAGCCACAUUUUUUCUGGUGUCUCCACUCACUCGUGGGUUUAUUUCUAAUUCUGGUGUUGUCCUAUCAAGUGCAAUGGAUCAUGCUGCCAAUUAUAUUAUCUUUGUAGAAUAGAUAUAAGUAGUGUGAUGUACGUGUGUAUAUGACACCCUCGUUGGCCAUCAAGCUGGAGUUUCACGUACAUCACAGCUCUUGCUAGAACCGGCGUGUCAGCACCAGGUAGUUGUAAUUCCCCACCGUUGGUUUUACUGUUGCUGCCUCUGGUAAAUCCACUACCAACAACACCUAGGUGGAAUGUUUAACCACAAAUUGUAAUAAUAUAAUCUGCUGAAGUGCUUUGAAAGCAAUGUCCAGAUUAUACAAGUGUUGUGUUAUGAUUCUAAAUACAUUCAGCUGUCCACCCCGCUGGGUAAGUGGCCGGAUAAGGGAGGUUCCAUGCAUGAUCUUUGUGAGCAGCUCCAAUGGAAGGGCUCCCAUCCCUCUCUCAUUCAGUGUUGGCUGCACCGCCUCAAACCAAAUGCCACGGCUAAUUAAAAUACUUCUCCAUUAUGGCAGUUUCCUAUCAUGCGUUGCUCGUUGGCAGAGAUGACACAUUGGCAAGGCUCACUGUUUUACAGCGAUGAGUCGUGCUGUGUUUACAUGGUGCUUACAUGGACCAGUCCACAGUUGUCUAUCUCUAUUACUGCAGCUUGGCAGUCGGUCACAUUUGCUCGUUAUUUUGAUGGUGACAUUACAAGUCGACCAUUAUGCAAAUGAUUAAAGAACUUCUGAUGAUUUGUACAUAAUGCACAAAGUCCGAGUGCUUUGUGUGCACGUUUCUGCGUGUUGUUUGAUUUUUCCAGGCUGCACUUUUUCUGUGAUGAUGGGUUUUCUCGUCACUUACACAUUUUAUCUGUGCAGUGCUACAAUGCAGUAGUGUGACAUGGUGACGAGAUCACCCGUGGGAGAUAUGCAG